UCAUAAAUAAGCAGAUAUGCAAGAAGAGAAAAACCGAAUCGAAAGAGUCCUUGGCGCUACUCUCUUGCCUGACCUGAUUCAGAAAGUCCUCACGUUUGCACUUUCAGAAGAGGUACGUCCACAGGACACUGUAUCAGUAAUUGGUGGAGUAGCUGGAGGCAGCAAGCAUGGAAGGAAAGCUGCUUGGAAAUUCAUAAAGGACAACUGGGAAGAACUUUAUAACCGAUACCAGGGAGGAUUCUUAAUAUCUAGACUAAUAAAACUAUCAGUUGAGGGAUUUGCAGUUGACAAAAUGACUGGAGAGGUUAAGGCUUUCUUCGAGAGUCACCCAGCUCCUUCAGCUGAGCGUACCAUCCAGCAGUGUUGUGAAAAUAUUCUACUGAAUGCUGCUUGGCUAAAGCGAGAUGCUGAGAGCAUCCACCAGUACCUCCUUCAGUGGAAGGUCUCACCACCCACAGUGUGAAUCCUGAGGUGCCGCCAUUGGCGGUUCUGCUGCUUCGCUGCAGGGAUAAGGUGGAGCUACCGAACAGCUGAUUCGUAUGCCAAGAAUUUGGAGUCUUCUUUCAAACCAGUGGGGGUUGGACAAUGAAUGUAGUUAACUGGUUCCUGCUCACACUCCAGAAUUAAAUUCUAUUGAAAAAGGAAAAUCAGCAAUUCAGCAAAAAAUAAACAAAAAAUAAAAAUGUAAAUACGAUAGUAAUAAAAUAGAGCAUAACGAAA